AUGCUCGUCAACGGAGUCGAAACCGUUCCCAUUGCAAGUUCGGAACCCGCAACAGUAGUUGAAGACGUGUUGUCUCACAGACACAGAGUCACAGAUACAACGCUCGCUCUGGCUCCCCCCAGAGGAGAACGCAGGCGUCCAUACCACUCAGAUCAGGAUCGUAUGCUCGUCAACGGAGUCGAAACCGUUCCCAUUGCAAGUUCGGAACCCGCAACAGUAGUUGAAGAUGUCUUUAAUGUAAUUCAAAUGCUCAGCAUCUUUCUUAAGUUGCUCAUCUGGACUCGUCGUUCUUCGGUACCUCAAAAAAGUCUCGAGACUUGGAGUAUUUUCACUCCAGUAUUCUGCAUCAAAACGCAACGUAAAGGUCAGUAG